AUGGCCAAGAAUUUGAAACGGAUUCUUGCAUAUACUAAAUGCACUAAUGAUGUACAAACUAUUUACAAUCGUGGUGGGAUCACUGUACUCCUAGAUACCCUUUAUCAAAGUAGUGAAAAAAACCUCAAUGUUGUACAAUUUGCUCUCAUCGUGAUUGGUAACUGCUUAAAGUAUAAACGCGAUUUACCUCAGGCAUACACCAAGGCGGACCUGGUAUGGGAAGAAUUGUGUGAAUUCUUAGUGAAGACCUUAAAGGCAGCAGAGGAUAGCAAUUACAUUAGUACGCAUUGUUUGAGAAUACUUGACAAGUUGGCCCGUGAAGAAUGCAUGAGGGAAUAUAUUUACAAACUUGUGGAUGGCUUUCAAUUGCUAUUACAAAGAUUAACCUUGGAUACUCUCCGUUAUGAAGAAAAUGUAUACAUUUUAGACAUCAUGGUAAAGUUACUCCAUCAGAAGAAUAGUAGCGUCACAUUUGUAAGUCAAAAUGGCCUUCUAAGGUUAACAAAGCUUAUGAGAUCGACUGAUGAAGUGGAUUUGUUUCGUCGUUGCGCAGACAUAGUUUUAUCUUUAGCUAAAAGACGUGAUAGGCAGUGCUAUUUUCAACGUUUAAAAGAUGAUGGUUGUUUUAAAACCCUAGUUACUGUUGGUAUGGAUAAGAAGAAAUCAAGUAAUAUACGCAAAAAGACAGUUAAUCUGCUGUUUAACUUAUGUGAAAUUAAGCCAUAUUCUCGUUUCUUGGUCUUAGCCGAUAUUCAUACGUUACUUAUUCGAUUGAUUGAGACAGCACCGAUGGGUCACACAAAAUCAUGCGCUGUUCGCUCUUUAAGUUUGUUAUGUUGUGAUGUAGCUAACCGUAGUACGUUGAAUAAAUGCGGAGCCAUUGAAAUGCUAAUAUCAUUACUGAAAGAUAACAAUGUUAAAAAGCUACAUCAUGUCAUCGUAGAUGGCUUACAUUGGUUUUUAUAUGAUCAAGAAGCAUUGCAAGUGAUGGUCAAGGAAUAUGAUCUUGUAAGCGCACUCUCAGGCCACUUGAAUCGAUUAAUUGAUGGGUUGGCAAAUUGCGUUCGACAUACGAACAGUACCGAUGACAAUUAUUGUUAUGAUAACACGAUUGGUGUUGAACGAGAACAAAGUCAGUCGUGCGUUAAUCCAGUGUUGUCUAGUAGUCCUCUGAUAAAUUCGAUGGAUAAUUGUGAAUGGAAUGGGUCACUUUCGCCGGUUUCAUUAAUGUCCAUAUCAUGCAGUAGCGAAUCGUCUUCAAUAUACUUAAACGACUCUAAGAUAAACGAGAAUAAUAGCAUUAGUGACAUGAAAAAUAGUGAUAGGCUGUGUAUUGCUACUAUAUUAAAUUUAUUAAAAGCCAUUAGCAGGUUGGCACAUAGUUAUCAUAUCAACGUAGUAAAGUUCUGCAUGAAAGGUUUACUCGGUUGUAUUGUUAAAGAUUCAGAAAACAGAGCUGAUGCAUACAAGGUUAUGUCAUUGAUAAUGGAGAAUAAAUGUUGUCUAAAGGUAAUGCUGCGUCGUUGUGUUCCAUGGUUGAUCUACCAAUACUUGAUGAAUGACCACGAGACUAACGUAUCUAGUGGUAAUUUCACUUAUUUUGCCACACACUAUCUACAUGAUGAAUCGCUUAAAGAACACUGGAAUACCUUAACAAAUGAUGAAGAAGUAACAACGUCAGCAACUGACCAGUUAUCAUCACUCAAAGACAGUGUCAAUUUAACUAGUUCAUUCAUUACAGCUGUAACAGAUACCUUACAAGCAGACGACUAUAUUGCUACCACUUCCUCAUCGCCUAAGGAGAUGGCAGUAUCACUACUACAACUUAUUGGGAAAAUAUCAAGUUCAGAUUAUGGCAAAGGAGAAAUAAAGAAUAUAUUAUCGACGGGCAAUACAUCGUGGAAAAGGGCUUGUGCCUUUUCUUUACCUUAUUUGUUGAGUUACGAACGAUCUAUGUACAAGGUACUCUUAAGAAACAAUGGAAUAUCAACAAUACUGGAGCCUCUAUUACUUGAGAACGUGGAUGAUUUUACCACUACGAUAACGUGCCACUGUAUUUCAUCGUUAGUUGAGCGAUUUCAAUCGUGUAAGCAAGUCUAUCGACGAAAGCGCGCUCGUAGUAAUGAUGGAACUCAACAUUUUACGAAAAAAGUUCAAAAAUUGGAGAUGUCGCAAGAUAGUAGUCAAAGUUAUUUUUUUAUCGAUGACAGCAGAUACACUUACUAUCAACAACAAUCUUUUAUGACUGCUGAUGCUAUACUGGUGACUGAGAAUGGUAGUGAACUUCCGGUCAAUCGUGAAAUUAUUUCUCAGCAAUCCGUCUAUUUUUCAGCCAUGUAUAGUGGUUAUUUUAUUGAAGCUAAAUUGGAAAAGUCAUAUAUCAAGGAGAUAGAUGAUACGGCAAUGAUUGCAAUAUUAUUAUAUUUGUAUGGAUUUAACUGGCGUAUACAGCCUUCUAUUAUGCAACUAAAGACUAUUUUAUCUGCAAAUAGCAUUAAUGAAGUAAAAUUUACUGUGAAAUUAUUCGAUAGAUUGGACGAGGAAGAUAAUAUUGAAUUUUAUUGGAAUGUUUUAAUUAGUGCUGAUAAAUUAUUACUGGAGGAAUUGAAGGAAGCUUGCGAGCCGUACAUUAUAGAUCUUUUGAAACCGCACAAUAGGAGUGAAACAUUAUUUUUAUCAUGUGUUUACAGUUGUGAAGGUGUUUUUAUGUACUGUAUAGAUCAAUUUUUCCGAUACUGGACGUCCGCUGAGCAAUGUAAUUGCUUUAAACAGUUUCCAGAACCGUAUAAAGAAGACUUUAUAAAGAGAGUUUGUAAUUUUGUAAAUAAGAUAUUUUUCUGUUGUGUUGACAAUAUUUAA